AUGCAAUCGACUCCAGCUAUCCCGCCUCGUCCUUCGAGGAAUCAGGACAAGAGCGAGGGCUCUUCGGGGCCUUCAAUUCCUCCCCGUCCCUCGAAGCGCUUCAACCGCUCCAUCUCGCCCAAUCCCGAUCGCUUCGCUCCCUCGCCGCUCAACGAGAGCCCGUUCACGCCAAAGAGCCCUCGACCCGGCCAGAGCCAUCUCGGCGAUUCCAUAGAACGUGCUACGAGCGUCGGCAUGCCCAACGUGGGCGAAGAGGGCCAGGAAUAUGCUGCGGCCCUCGAGGAGAUGAGCUCGUCUCCUGACGAGAGCCGUCGACCGGCUGGAUCUCCUGAGCAGACUCGAACUGUCGGCGAGGACGUCAAGCUGCACGCCCCGAAACCCACCAUGCCCGCUGCAAGUGCCAAGCAGCGAGUCGCCGCUGUCACCCGUACCGACUCUGACAGGGCUGCUACUUUCGGCAUUGGACGUCCUAGCACUGAAGAACCUCCUCACUCGAGCAGCCGAAGCUUGAAGAAGAAGGCUAGUACUACAAGUCAGCUUUCCCACCACAGUGAGAACCACGAAGAAGACCACGGCAUCCCCGAAAUUGGGCAGCGAGUUCCUAUGCUCGCCUUUGCUGGUGACGUCCAGGCUCCCUCGCCCGCCCCACCUCGAGCUUCGAGUGUCGACAGCACUGCCAGGUCUACGAGUCGCCACCAUGUUCGCAAAUCGAGCUCUCGUGGCUUCAACGAGCUUCCGCCUGGCAGCUACGGUCUUCACGGCCAUGGUGUCGCAUCCAGCGACAAGCUUGAGAAGGCUUACUACGAGAAGCACCCUGAUCUGCGACAGAGGGAGCACUACAACCAUCUCCAUGACCGUGUCAAAGACUACUCCAUGAGUAGUGAGGAUCUGAACAAGAUCGUCCGAGACACCGCCAGCCGUGGUGCUGGUUUCGGUACCUCUACGGACUAUGUUGGAAUUCCCAGUGAACAAGUCGGGUUCCAAGCGUCCGAGGAAUACACAUCGCGCAUGUCUCGGCCGCCGUCCACGGCUCCGAUCACGUCACCCCGCAAGUCUAGCUUCUCCGUGCCUGACAUCGAUGUUGAAGACACCGGCGCCAUGGACCAAGAUGACGAUGAUGUUAUUCACGUCGAUGAACCAGGUCGUCGGAAGGCAUUUGUCAAGUAUGGAAACGAAGACUCGGCCGACGGCUAUGAUGCUGAAGAGGAUCAAUUCCACCCGGUCUUGGCCUCCGAUGAGGUUGCCAAGGACCCUACUCCAUACGAACUUCAACCAGCAGUGGCACCUACUCGGGAACGACACGGAAGCACACAUGAGAUGGAGGAGCCUAGAAGCCGGCCCACGAGUCGACCUGGUAGUAUCUACAGUCCUCCCCCGGCAGAUAUGCUGUCUACACCACUGGCAGAUGUGGAAGAAUACGAACCACUUUUCCCCGAGGAUGAGAAGAGUGGAAAGAAGCAGACGACGGAGGCUGAAAAGUCGAAGGACCAACGCCGAAGAUUUCCCAGUCAGGAUAUUUGGGAAGAUGCCCCUAACAGCGUACACAGCACUGCCGAAGUCUCGACCCCGGAACCAACUGGGACUCGUUCGAGGUCUUUUGGUGCCGUCCCCGAUGUCCCGCCGAGGGACGGCGAGACCCCUGCUCAAGCGUUCGCCCGGAGACAAGAGGAACUGGCUGAGAAGGAAGCUCUCGGUCCCGACAGCUUCUUGCACCGGCAACAGAGGCCAACGUCCUGGGCAUCACACCAGCCACAUCUCUCCAAGGAGAUGCAAAGUCGACCCAACACGGCGAAUCGAUUCCCUAGUCGAGACGUCUGGGAAGAUACGCCCGACUCCCUCCAGUUCACGACCACGGUUUCCACUCCGCAGUCUACCGACGACUCGCAAGCUGGAGAGGCGGCAAAGCUCACGGUAGAUCCUGCUACUAGCACUAACAAGCCCACAAUUCCCACUCGUCCUAAGAAGCAGGGAUCCGGCGACGACGCUACAUCGAAGCCCAUCGUUCCUGGACGCCCAAAGCCCCGGCCUUCGAAGCCAGCCUCACAGUCUCAGGAACCCGAGGCGGCUACCAAGCAGAAGCCGGCGGUGCCGGCAAGACCCGUGGGUGGUAAGAUCGCCGCGCUCCAAGCCGGCUUCAUGUCCGACCUUAACAAUCGUCUGCGUCUGGGUCCUCAAGCUCCCAAGAAAGAAGAGACGACUGAACAAGAGGCUCCCAAGGAGAAGGAGAAGACACCUUUACCUGACGCAAGGAAAGGUCGUGCCCGAGGCCCUCAGCGAAGAGCCCCGACCAAGAGCAAGAGUCCCAACCCUGGCACGGACGGUUCCACUCUGCCAACCGUGUCUGGCGGCAAGCCUGUUCUCAGUUUCUCAAUGACCCGUACACUGUUUAGUAUUGAUGAGGAAGGCACUGUCUCGGUAGACGACUUUGGUCCGGAAGCAGAGUCGAAACCGGUACUCCAGUCCAAGGUUGAAGAGAUUCAUCCUGAGGAACAACAGCCCGAGACUGCGGACGAGACAGAAGCUAAGCCUACUGAGAUCAAGAACGAAGGAUCGGAAAGCAAGAAGCUGCAAAACGAAUCAGAAUCAACUGAACCCAAGCCCAACGAGAAGAGCGCAGAUAAAGAUACGGUCGAGGAGACGAAAUCGCUUGUCACCAAUAUGGCCGGUGAAUCUAUCUUGGAGGAGACGGUUCAGAAGAAACCGGGGGAUGAUGAGGUGAAAGAGGUGGAGAGUGCCAAGGACGAGGUAAUAUCGUGA